UGCAAGCAGGGUGUGAAAGUGCGCCUAGCCUUGGUAAGAUAAAGUUACUUCUCCGCUGGAAAAUGCCAAGAACACAGAGGCUGCAUCAAAUGUCAAAGAGGUGGGGCUGGCUGAAGGCCAGGGCUCCCUUGGGCUCCUUCCCCAUGGCAGACUUUGGGGCUGGGCUUUGGCAGGGGGGCGGGAGGGGCGCGGUGUGAGUGGAGCUCUUUGCUGCUGAAUUCCUCCAGCACACAGCCAGGCCACAGCAUGGACAUCCUGAGCACAACUCUGCCAGGCUGCUGAAGGUGUCCCUCUGACAGCUGCAAGACAAACCGGCAGGUUCUGAUGAACCACCAUGCUCCCGUCUGCGAUGUGUGAGCUGAGUGGGAACCAGUUAGUCCUCAGUACCUGCUUCGGCUCCACCAGAAAAUGGGGGACUGCGCCACAGCUCCUAGAAUCGGAUUCAAAACUUGAGGAACGAGUAAUGAAGGACUUGAAGUAAGACACUCCUUGGACUCCCACCAGGACCCCAGGAGCUGGGCUUCUCUUUCUCUUUGUGCCCUCCACUCCUCCCCUCUCCUCACAACCUCCCACUCCCCAAGCACCUACUCCUGCCUAUCCUACGCUCUCUCACUCUCUUCCCAGAUCCCACUGAUACUCUCUUAUCACCGUCACCUCCUUCCUUUUUACUUUCUCCUUGCCUAGUCCUUUCCUGCCCUCUCCCCAAAUCUUCCUCCUAAUUCUGACUCUUGCUUGGAUUUCCUCCUCUCUUCUCCUCCCCUCAACUUCUCCCCAUCUCUGCCUUUUCCUCCCUUGUGUUUCUCCCUCCUUUUCUUCCCUCUCUUCUCUUCCUGCUCCCUUUUCUGCCCUCAUUCCGCCCUACCAGCUCCCCACCCACUCUGUUCCCCCUCCCUCUCUACUCCUCCUCUUCCCCUUGCCUCUCCCCUUCAUGUUUGCUUUUCUCCUGGACCCGGAUGAAAGGGUUGGCCUGCCCGUGCCCUGCCCUGCCCCACUUCUGGCAGCUGGGGUCUCGCUUCAUGGCUGAGGGUGCCAGGACUCAGGCCCCAGGGCAAGGGCCCCAAGUCAGCAUCCAGAACCUUCGAGCCCAGUACGAAGGCCUGAGGAGGCAGCAGAGGACGCAGGCCCACCUCAUGGUGUUCCCAAAAGGAAGGAACACACCUACUCCUGCCGAAUCCAUGAUCAGUGCUGUUUGGAUUAACAAAGAGAGAAGGGGCUCAGAGUCUCUGGAAGAGGCAGCUUUGGAGGAAGGGAGGGUGCUGGAAGAAGCCGAUAGAAACUGUCUUCUGGCUGCUGAGACUCCAUGGCACACACACCUAGAGAUGCACCGCCUAGUCCGAACUUUUCACCAGGAAAUCACGCAUCAAGUAAAGCCCAAGGGCCAGCUUGUGGAAUCUGACCAGAGGCUUCCUCCAGAAGACCAACACUCGUUUGAAGAUAAUCAAAAGACUCAGCAAGGAACCAAAAUCCCAGAGGCAGCCCAGCCUCAGCAUCGGGCGGGCAGUACCACAACAAAUGCAGAGGCACCCAGCCUGAAAACCGGCAUUCAGGGUCCAUCUUCCACAAAGAGCUCACACAGGCCAGCCAAACCAGCUCACUACCCAUUCCCGCAAAGGAAAACUCCCAGGAUCUCCCAAGCUGCCCGGAACCUGGGCCUAUAUGGUCCAGUCUGAAGCUUUUCUUUGCAGCCAUAUGUCUCAGCCUUGAGUCAUCUAUGAACUCACCAAACUAAAGGGACAAACACAACGACAGCAUUGAACUGUAAACAAGAACUGGACUUACCCAAGGAUAAGAUCCAUGGGAAAGGAACUUCAAGUGGAAAUAUAAUACUGUCCUUCGAAGAUCAAGAGAUUUUGCAAGUCAGAUUGUUCACCAUGAAACAGUGCUAUCUAAUCAGUGUAGUACCACUCUGCUUACAUAAGAAGACGUUGCUAUGGAGCCCAGGAUGUCUGUUCCUUGGGGAGGGAAGUCCUGCUGGACACCUGCUUCGUCCUUAAAUGUGGAGAAGUUUGCAACAUGAAGCAGGAAGUUUAGCCAAUGCAAUGCCUUAGUAAUGCCCAGAGGUCAGUGAACAUUAGCAAACUCAUAGUCAGUAGUUUCUGAUUCCUCAGGUAUUCUGGAGAAGAUGAGCCCUGAGAAUUCAGAAAACCUUUUCUGGUUUCUCUGGCUGGGGGCCAUCUCACUUAGAGGUCACCACAUUCAUUAGGAGUAGAGGUUACAACAUUCAUGUAGAAGGCACUACUUUCACUCAUUUCAUCUUGAGCCUCUCAAAGUGUGGUGGCCCUGGGUACAGCGAGUCAGGCCAAUGCCCCCUCUUGUUUGGAGUGUUUAAGUAAUCCUUAGAAAAGGCUGGUCAUCUGUCAACUGUCACCGAGACUUCCCUUUUUGCUCUCUACAAAUGAGUGUAACAUGAAAAGCUUCCGAUUAUUGGAGAUAUAUAAUGAUGGAGGCUGAAUGUAAACACACACACACACACACACACACACACACACACACACUCCUGUUUGGAAAAUAUGUGUUCCCCACACACUGUCCCUCUUGCACCCUAACUUGGAUCACUUCUGUCCUUUCUGGGAUAGAUACCAGUUUUGAAAUCUAAGAACAAAAUGGAGCAGGUGUUGCUUCAGUGAUGAGAAAAAAGUAUGUCUUUCCUGGUUAAUGUUUAACUCUAUUAAUGAUCUUGAAGUACCCUAAUUUCCCUCAUAUCAGAUUCUCUCUCUCUGUACAUCUGCUCCUGGACCAUCCUGAAAUUCCCUCCCAUUUGGGGAUUCAUUGAAAUCCCUUUCAUGAAAAUGAAUAAGCUGUAGUAAUUAUUUUUUAUCUUCUAAUGAAAAUCAAGGAGCCGGGCAUGGUGGCGCACACCUGUAA